GCGCGCGCAGUGUGCGCACGCGCGGAGCCGUUGCCGGCCGUUCGGCGGACCGGCGCCAUUUUGGGCCUGCGGGAGGCGGCCGGUGUUGGCGGCGGGCGGAGUCGGCGGGCCCGAAGUCGGCGGGCCCGAGCGGCGAGCGCUGCGCUGAGGGCUUGGCCCCGCCGCCAGCCCUCGGUGCCUCGGCGGGGGUGGCGGCCCGCCAUGGAGAGCGAGUACUACGGCGGGGACCAGUCAGAUGAUGGUGGAGCUACUCCAGUGCAAGACGAACGGGAUUCAGGAUCUGAUGGUGAAGAUGAAGGAAAUGAGCAGCAUUCUGGAUCUGAGAAUGGAAGCGUAGAGCACCAUUCAGAGAAUGAACACAGUGAUGGAGAAGAUGAUGGGCAGAUGGAAGAGACUCAUGUGACAGACUCUGAAAAUGAGGAUAUCCCAAGGCAAAAAGACAGUGACUCGGAUAAUGAGGAGGCUCCAAAUCACAAUGCGAGUGAUUCAGACAAUGAGGCAGCUCAUGGAGGGAAAGACAGUGAUUCUGAUACCGAGGACCGUCCAAACCAGCAUUUAAGUGACUCUGAAAAUGAAGAUGCCUUAAAUCAUCGAGCAAGUGACUCUGAAAAUGGAGAACCUCACAGGGAGCACAGUAGUGAUUUCGAAAAUGAGGAAUCACGCAAGCAGCCAGGCAGCGACUCGGAGAGCGAGGAGCUCCACAAGCAGCCGGGCAGUGACUCGGAGAGCGAGGAGCUCCACAAGCAGCCAGCCAGCGACUCAGAGAGUGAGGAGCUCCACAAGCAGCCGGCCAGCGACUCAGAGAGCGAGGACGUUCCCAGACACAAACAAGAAAUAGAGUCUGGGGACAGUGAUGGGGAUGACAGGAAGGAAGAGGUGCAGAAUGAUUCUCAUCAUUCAGAUAAUAAACGUGUCAGGGAAGGAUUUCAGGACUCUGAUAGUGAAGAGGAAGCUCCUAAGAGACGAAAAAUAUCGGACAGUGAUGAAGAAGAGAAAGAGGAGGAGAAGACAAUGAAGAGGAAAACAGCUAUCCUUUCUGACAGUGAGGAUGACACUGAGAAAACACCUGCAAAAAAAGUACGAAUCCUUUCUGAUGUUGAAGAAUCAGAUAGUGAUGCUGCUUCGGAGAAAUCUGACAAAAGGAAGAAAAAUAUUGUAUCGGAUAGUGAGGAAGAAGAAGAAGAAGAAAGAAAAGAGAAUGCUGGGAAGAAAAAAGAAGAGAAAGAUCUGUUUGGCAGUGACAGUGAAUCUGGAAAUGAACAAGAGAACCUGAUUGCAGAUAUAUUUGGAGAAUCUGGUGAUGAGGAAGAAGAGGAAUUUACAGGUUUUAACCAGGAAGAUCUGGAGGAAGAAAAAGGUGAUGCAGACAUGAAGGAGACAGCAGAUGAAUCAGACUCUGAUGAUAACAUCAAAAGAGGGAAGCAUAUGGACUUCAUGUCAGAUUUUGACAUGAUGCUGCAACGAAAGAAGAGUAUGAGUGGCAAGCGUCGACGAAACCGUGAUGGUGGAACUUUUAUUAGUGAUGCAGAUGAUGUGGUCAGUGCUAUGAUUGUGAAGAUGAACGAAGCAGCUGAGGAGGAUCGACAGCUGAAUACACAAAAGAAACCAGCACUAAAGAAAUUAACUUUGCUGCCAACUGUAGUUAUGCAUCUUAAAAAGCAGGAUCUCAAAGAAACUUUCAUUGACAGUGGUGUUAUGUCUGCCAUCAAAGAGUGGCUUUCUCCGCUUCCGGACCGAAGUCUGCCAGCACUAAAGAUACGAGAGGAGCUGCUCAAGAUCCUGCAGGAGCUGCCCAGUGUGAGCCAAGAGACCCUGAAGCACAGCGGCAUUGGCCGAGCUGUGAUGUACCUCUACAAACACCCCAAAGAGUCGAGACCUAACAAGGAUAUGGCAGGGAAGCUCAUCAAUGAGUGGUCUCGACCCAUCUUUGGCCUUACCUCAAACUACAAAGGCAUGACAAGAGAGGAAAGGGAACAGAGAGAUUUGGAACAGAUGCCUCAGAGGAGGAGAUUGAGCAGUUCUGGUGGUCAGACUCCUCGAAGGGACCUGGAGAAGGUGCUAACUGGAGAGGAAAAGGCUCUCAGACCCGGGGACCCUGGGUUCUGUGCCCGUGCGAGGGUGCCCAUGCCCUCAAACAAAGACUACGUGGUCAGGCCAAAGUGGAAUGUGGAGAUGGAGUCCUCCCGGCCCGGGACUAUUAAGAGAGGUAUUAGUCGCUUGGAAAAACACAAGAGACGGUUUGCUGAACAGAAACGACUCAGCAAAGUGCAUCGGGCCAUCAAGUUCAGCAUUGAAGGCAACAGGAUGCCCCUGUAGCCAUGACACUCUGCCUUCCCCAAGGUUGAGAGGUAUCCAUCCCUCAAGGGAGGUGUGAACAGUGCAUGUGCUUCAGCUGUUGGCAGUUUGCACAUACACAAAAGGAGUGUGUACACCCUAACUUACACUUGGAAAAAUUCUCCUUGUAUUCUCUCAUGUCUGUACUGUGACCUAAAAGGGAACUUGUACAGGAAAAAAUAGGCUGUAGCACGUAACAUCUGCCUCAACAGCUUCAGGGUACCCAAAUGAAAGGUGUUAAAUGAAAAUAGCUUUGCACUGCCUGUGAUUUGGAAUGCUAUUCUGACAUCAUUAGGUGUUCCACAGGAAUUCUUAGCCUUUAGUGUAGGACCUCAUGUCACUGUAUACCAGCAUCUGCGGCUGACGUUUUACUGGUCCAAAGUGAGGUAUUUUUCACACCUUCUGUUUCAAAGAACUUGAGUGAUGUGUGACUUGCGGGGUGGUUGACAGGAGACAGAGAACAAGACCUCUGCAGACCAGGGGGAGAGGAAUCCCCUGCUGUGAUUGUGGGUGGAGGGAGAUCAAUUGAUGACAUACAUCAGUGUGGGAAAUGUUUUGACAGUUUCUGGUCUGCCUUUCAGUUGUGUGAACAGGGCUGCCACAAACUUAAUAGUGACAGAAGAGACUAGCACAAAUGGUAGAUAACUGUUGAGUUUAAGCUUCAUAUUUAUUUGUUUAAAAAUAUAUAUAUUUUUUAAAAUCACUGUGAAAUUCCAGAUAUUAUUUCAAUGAAUAGUGAACAGUUUUAUGAAUAGUUUAUUUAAAAUCUGUGUGUCAGGAGCGCCUUCCUCAGUGAUGGAAACAAGAGGUUCAGUUUCUAAUAUAUGGUUUUUGUCAGAUAUUAAGGAGCAUGCUGUGGAAAUCUCUGUUUCUCCCAGAGUUUAAAGGUGUGAAGUUUCCAUUAUUUACUGUUUGUGUUGUCUAGUUAGGGAAAAUUGCUUUCUCAGCAGUAUGACUUUGGAUUGGAAAGUCCUUGCUGUUUGUCUUCAGUGGCAUUUUGUUACAGAAUCACUGUAUUUAAUCUGUGCGAAAUAACUGCCGUGUCAUCUCAGCUUUUCAUUCGAGUGAACAUGCAGAAUUGAAAUGCAAUAACUCUUCUAAUGACUUAUGUGGGCAACUCAGGCAUUUCUUUUGCUUACCCUCACGCCGCCCUUUUCUCAACCUCUUGCUUUAUGAGUACUAAUCAGUGACCUUUAAAAUAAGUUGCGGUUUGGAAUUGAUAUGUCAGCUCAGUCCACCACAGUUACUGUGUAUUUGUAUUUAAAAAUCUUCCCCCCACAGGAAGCCUGUAUGUGUUACACCACAGCGCAGUGUAUUUCUGACACUGAACUCCAGCCAAUAUAGAUACACUUGUUCCAAACUGUAUAUUCAGCCGGCAUGUGAACAACUAACAUGGUUAUUAAUCCCUGUAAUGUGAAAGCUGUGAUGUUUGUGAGUGCCACUACUUCUGUCUAUGUGAUGAUGCAUAUAUUGGGGGAACCAUUUUUUGGGGACAGAAUGCGUGCAGCUGGAACCUGUGGCUUCAUCAGCUCCCUCGUGCUGGUUUCACCUUGCAUGCAUCGCUUUUCUCGAACCUCUGGGACGUCUGCUUUUUUUCAGUGGUAAUUAUUAGUUUUAUUUUUUAAGUUCCAGGGAACCUCUAAGAAAGGGGUGAGUCGACUGGACAAACAGAUGCGGAAAUUCACAGAUAUCAGGAAAAAAAGCAGAUCGGCCCAUGCGGUGAAAAUCAGCAUUGAGGGCAAUAAGAUGCCAUUGUGACCCUUCACAGAAUACCCAUGAUCUCUGCUGUAAGACAAUACACCCAUAGACUCUUUGGAGACCUUUAAUUUUUUUAACAACUUGUUUGUUUGGUUGUUUUUUUUAGUGAAUCUUUAAAACUGUUGGUUCAGGUUCUGGUAUAAGAUGUUGUCCAAGGAUUGUGAAUAUGGGGACUUCUGAUUGUAUUUAAACUUGCGCUAUUGUGUCCUUUGUACAGACCAAGUAUUUGUUGUAUUGCAACACUUUAGACAAUAAAACAUCUGUUUUUUUCGGGG